CUUCCUCAUUCGUAAACAACUUGGCUACGGAGCAGAAUACACAAGGCCGAGCUGCUGACUUUGUGCCCUUACGUUACCAUUCUCUUCUCUCUGCCUGCCCAGAAUGGCACUCUAGCACCUACGAGCGGUGCGUUGAUCCACUGGAGGAGGAGGAAGAGGACGGUCAACGUAGCAGGUGUCAACUGGCCGGAUAUGAAAAGAUUUUGGUUGGAGGAACUGUGGCACUGGGCGAGAACUGCGGUGAUUGGGAAGAUGUCCGGAAUCAACGUGUGUGCCACGUUUGCCAUCUUGGUCUUGAUGCAGCUUGUGCCUUCAUCGUAUGCUGUAGUUGAUCAAGAUUGUGAACUUAGAGCUCUGUUGACAUGUUCCAGUCAUGAGGUGUGUGUACAAACCUCAAGUACUAGUACUACUGGUGUCUGCAAGUGUGAGUCUCAGUUAGUUUUGAAUAAAGCAACUGGCAAAUGUGAAAAGGACGAUCCAUCGGUGCUACCAGUGCCAGCAAGCAGCCAUUUGGGAUUAACCUUGGGUUUAGGCCUCACGUUUUUCCUACUCUUCGUGGUGGUUGCCUUAAUAUUGGCACAUCGUAAGCUUGGUUUAUUUUCUGGCAUGUGUGAUAAUCUUCCACGACUACGUAUUUUUGGCAGGAGAGGUCAAGACAUAAGCUUGGCAGAUAAUGAUGAUGAUGAUGUCAACCCUAUUGUAUGAGAUGCUUCAUUGCUUGUACUUGAAAUUAUGUCUAUUCGUUAAUGUAACGUGACUCACAGUGAGUUUUGGCUCCAGGAAUGCAAAUGUAAUAUAUUAAAUUGAUUAGAAAGUACAGGUUUGAAUGAACUAUAAUAACUGUUUAGAUGCUAUUUCUUACUGACUGUUAUGGGCAUUUGAAGGGUUGUAUUUUGUUCAGAUGUACAAGAUGUAACACAAGACUUGCUGUACUUACUGAUAUGUCUAACAAGUACUUUGACAUUUUUAAUGACUUUAUAAGAUUUAUCGUAAAAUUUAUUGCAUGUGGUCUUCGUGAAUAAUAAUAAAUUUAAAUAUUUAAUGACAGUAGAAUCUCAGAGGGUCAUUAAUGAGGAAGUGAUUAUAGUUACCUAUAUCACAAUGUUUUGUACAUCUCUCGAUUUCCACGUGAGGUCAGGUCUCGUGGUGGCCCCUGCUUGUGAAUCUCGGUAUAAACCGUAACACUCUUCAAUGUUGUUACAUUGAAAGACCAAAUAACGAUAAUUUUUAUUGUUUUAACAUUUGUUGAACAAAAAAUGUUUUAUCAGUUAAUGUCUCCUUUACAUGUUGCAUCAACUACACAUUUUAUUUGGUUCAUUUAAACUUUCAGGGUCAGUAAGGAAGUUCUGUAUAAUGAAUUAGCUAUUGUUACCUGAAUUUACAUGAUUAUUAAUGAAUGCUUUAUUUGUACGUAGCACAAUAGUAGAGGUAAUCCUUCUCAGAAACUGUGAUACUGUUUGAUAUAUUUUCAUAUUGUAAUGCGAUAUUGUUUUCUUUGAGUUGCAGUUUUGAUUAAAAUAUUUAUUCAUUGCUGCAAUGUCAGGGCUUUUCUACAAAUAUACAUUUUAUAUUGUGUUACUCUAUAAAUAAGAAAUAGAUCACAACAGUGGACAAUGAUAGUGGUGCAUUCCAGUCUUAAUGAUUAAUCUUAAGCAUGAUUAAAAACAUAGCUGUAUAUUCCAUUGUAAAUUGUGUCAGAAAUGGUAAUUAAAUACAGAGUAAAAUAAGAUAUUGUACUGAAAUUUUUACAAAUUAUUAUUAUAAUGGUGCAAAUAUAUUUUUAAAUCUUUAGUAACUCUUCACUUAAAAUCAAAACCAUAUAAAACAGAAGCUUGCUCUUGUGCCCUGCUAUAACUGGUUCAAUUUCACCUCGCGUGAAAAUCGCAGGAUGACGACAAUCCUUACACUGCGGCUGAACAGAGCACCAGUGCGUACCAAACAUUGUAUGGGACUUUGUAUUUUUUUUUUUUUUUUUAAUCAUUAGCCCUUGCACUAAACUGUCAAAACACUAUGUGUUUGUCAGUGUAGAUUUUCUUUAACAUCCAUCCCCACUACCAGUUUAAGUUGGUAGAUAAAUUCAGUGUCUGAAAAGUUUGGAUAUCUAUUAAAUUUGUAAUUGAUAAACGGCUGGCCUUUCAACUUUUAUCAGUUGAUCAUCAUAUAAAAUGUGUGAAAUCAAUUAAGUAAGACUUGCAGGAGGAUUCAUGCAGUAUGCCACUCUCCAUCUACUACACUAUAUACAGCAGUCAAUUUCUAUUUUUAUACUUGUUUUGCUCUUCGUGUUCCCGUAAAGAUGUUAAUGAUUGUUCUUCCUAGCAUUACUGUAUUAUAUAAUGUGCCUCAUUAUAUUAAACAUACAAAUAAGAUGUUAAAAUGAAAAUAUUAAAAGUGUACAAUUUUGAAAAAACUAUUUUUAUAUAAAGUAUUACUAUACUAUAUUUUGUAUUGCCAUCAUCUCUAUGAUUGUGAUGAGCCAAAAACUAAUAUUGCUGAUUUUGCAUAUUAACAAAUACUUAUCAUACAAGGUUAAACAUAUUACCUUUAAUACCAGUUUAGGAAGAGAAGGAACUAACAUGAUGUGUGAUUGUUCAUUUGUUUCUAGUUUUGCAUUUUAAGCAAAUCAAGUCUCACAUUUACUAUGGAGUAUUUAAGUAUACAUUAUGAAAACAAAUACUGUACCUCUAUUUGGAUAUAUUCUACCACAGUAAAUAUUGAGUAUGUUUGAAUAUUUCACAUUUUCAUUUAGUUUUGUUACAAUGUGUUCAUUGAUGAAAUGGAAGAAAAUACCUUUGCAAAACAAGGAAUGGUAUAGCGUGUGAUAUCAUCCUCAGUGUCAUUACCUCGUAUCCCGUUUAAUUGAAGAGGGUAGAUCCCAUCCCAUAAAAGGUAGGGUGCAGUAGAGGAAAAUACUGUUCUGAAGAUGGUAAAAGAUGACAUCUGUUUAUUCACCACCUCUCUCGCACCACUUGGCAUCAUGGAGAACCCAUACCUCUGUACUCUAGCAGAUCAUCACAGCAGCAGUGAUAAUCUUCACGAGUUGUCAUAUACAGACAAGCUAAUAUUUACUCCCUCUUCACAAACUGCUAUGACCUUGCCUAUAUCUUGUUCUAUUCAUACAGUCAAACCUUGCUUCCAGAAACACUCAUCAUGUCUAUUCAACUUCUUGGUCUUCCUCUCUUCCAUCCCUUUAAUUAAAAUACAUAGAUUUAUUCAAUCGAUCAUCAUUCAGUUGUGGCUGAAUUAUAUCUAUACACAUACCUAAAUCUGAGGACUUUGAACUUGUUUUGUGAGGAACCUCUUUGCAGCUCCUCAACCUUAACUCUGGAUCUACCAUGCCUUAAUGCAACAACUAGGCCUCUAAAAUCCAAUUGUCACCUACCACGGCUGGAAAUUGGAUCUCUCCAUAAGGAAAGAGGAUCAGGGAUCAACCACAAAAAUGGGGGGGGGGGGGCCUUAGAAAACCAAAGUACAACAAAAUAAUUAACUGCGUGGAGGAAAUGAGGUAAACUUGCUUCCCUUUCAUAAUCAUAAAUCAAGGUGGCAUAAUCACUGCCACCUUGGUCCUACCACGCCUGAAUGCUACAGAGUGGCAGCCAAGUCAUGAGGUUCCAGUCAGCUUGUCACUUCACUCUAAAGCCACCUGUGCCAAACAUCAUCCCCACCCCAUACCCACAUGAAAGAAAUGCUCAAUCAUCCUGGGAAAAAGCAUACCAGAAAUAACUUUGAUGUCCUCCCCACUUUGCUGUUUCCAGCAUGUACCACAAAAGGGCUAACAGGAUGAAUCCCGUCAACCGCCAGACCUGGGUGAGCAUUGAGAAUGCUCCCUUGACGACACAGUAGAGGUCACAGCAGAUCCACUUGUGCCUGGGCAUCUGACACACCAGAACCUCUGUUCCAUCCAGGAAUUUGAGAAAGCAGGUACAGGGCUGGACUAAAACCAAACUAGAACCUGAGCUGCCAACUGCAGCUGAAGUACCUGUUUGGGCAGAUGGAAGGACACACUCAAAGCAUCUAAAACUUUAGAAAUCUUUUUCCUCGGGAAAAAACAAGAGGAAAGAAUGUGGUAGCAAACAGAAGUGAAAGUGACCAAGGUGAUUACUUAUUUAUUUCACAACUUGCAUGCUUGCCUUAAGAUUGUUUUACUGAUUUUUACAUGUCAUCCUUUCUAAGAUUGUCUAUUCUCCUCACCACACAUACUUUCUAGGCAAUCCAUUUCUACUGUUCCAAUUAUGUACUGUAUUUAGUUUUCAUCCUCAUGAUACACCAUUGCCUCUCAUUUUCCUCUGGCUACAUCUUGUAUUUUCUUUAUCCUAUCUUGGAUAGUCGUUGUACCAGACACCUUCCUUCCCCGAUUCACUCUAGUCUCAACUUUGCUUGCAAAGCUUCUUCUUUUAAUAAAGUUUACAUCUUGGGUGUUUAAACUAAUAUAUCAUUUAUCCAUUAACUAUUUUCACGUAUAGUGUUUCCUCCGUCUUCAUUCCCAAAAUUUUAACUUUUUGUCCAUAUUAACCUUUUCUUUUUCAUAUAUCAAUAAAGCUGAACUUCAUACACAAAUCUCUAUGAUUUUCUGCUAGAACUGCAUCAUAUGCAUCAAUAAAAUUGUAUAUAGUGCUCCAUUUUCUUCUAUCAGACAGUAAAUUACCACAAUAAUUUAUUAAAAUAGUUUUGAAACUUAACUUUAAAUCCAUGUUCUGAUAAGGGAAGCAACCCCUUCUUGAUCACCCUUAAAGUCGUUAAAUUUUUGUUGGGCGUACACUGUAUAUAUAUAUAUAUAUAUAUAAAUAAUUUCUUGGAAAUGGCACUUAAAGCAUGGAUCUCUCAGUCAUUCUUAAUUGUUCAGCAUCAUUUUCAUAAUAACUACAUGAGAGACUGCUUCUGUAACAUGUUUUGUAAGGAAAUCUUGGAGAAAUGGUGAUGUGCCAUAUGUUGCCUGUCAUCUUUAGUUGUUUUUGUGUGCAGUUUAUUUUCAGUUCCUGGUGAAGAGAAGCUUUGUCUAUUCAAAGUUUCUUGAGAUAUUAAAAAUCUGGCCAUGGCUUUAUUCUAAAGACAACAUGUAGCAUUAAAUUAAUUUCUGUAGAACCAAUCGUUGAAUUGAAUCAAUAGGAACAAUAGUAUGAAAUACUAUAAUUAGACAAUACAGAAAUAUGCAUAAUGUUUGAACGUUGGCAUAAUCAAAGGUAUAAAAUUAUUUUCUUAAAAGAACUAAACUGUAUACUGUACACUAUCUUAGUAGUAGAAACAUUAAACAUGAAUCCACUCAUGGAUAAAUUUAAUUGGCAUUUUGGUCCAUCCUAGACCAUUAUCAAGUCAAAAUGUAAUAAUGGUUUGGAUCAAACCAAAAGUUGAUCACUUUGUUGUUGUAAUGGGUUAAGAGUUGUUCUACAUUAUUGUGAUUUGUUCUUCGGGUAUAAUACUGUAGUGAUAAAACUGAUAUAGUUUUUGUGAAGAGUGUAAAGUUUUGGGUUAAAUAUAAAUUAUGGGCGUGGUAUAAUGGCAGAAUGGUUAUCAUGUGGGGCUGUAGUUAGGAGCUAGUAGCUGAGGUAAGGAAAUUAUCAGAAGAAAGUGCAUAGUCAGUAUGACUAUUACUUUAAAGUGAUAUGAGGAUGGAUUGAAAGAACUAUGUUCAACAGCUUAGAUCAUCGAGGAUCGAAUGCCAAUAAGGCAUGAUGCAAGACCAUCGCAGUACUGACUAAUCAAAGUAAAUAAGCAGAGUGGUUAUCCUAUGGGGCUUUAUAUAUGGAUUUAGUGGUCAAGUGAUUAUCAUGUUGGGCUUGUAGUCUUAGGGAGCCUAAGCUUCUAAAGCAAGUUAAGAGCCUUUCUCAUGUAACUAUAUCCCCAUGCCUAACCUCACUUGGUCUAUAAAUAGCUUGACUAAACACCUUAGUCUGGUCCUUGCAUUAAAAUUGGGCAAGCUUUCCUUGCUAGAGGAGGGGCCUAGUUCAUUACACAAAAUACCUAAUACAUUUACCUGAAUUAUAUUAUGUUGAAUGUAAAAUCUUUAAUGAAUGUCAUUUACAUAAGAACAUGUUGAAAUUAUCAUACAUCAUUUGCCAUGUGAUGCAGUAUCAUCAAUUAAUACUGAAUUAUGAAGAAAGUUAAAAUUAUUUAACUUUAUUUAUGUAUCUGUUAAAAUUAUUUUUAUAUAUUUUUUACUAUUGAGAAGUUUAUUAAGUACAGUACUUGAUUGCAUAUGUUGCUCAAGUGAUCAAUGAUGAACAUGUACUUUAUGUGAAUGUACAUGUAUACAACUUUAAGUAACUGCAAUAGUAGUAACUGCAAUUAAAUAUAAGUGGCAUGUAAAUUAUUGCAUUAUUUCAAUAUGUACUGUAUUUUGUAUUUUAAAAUACUGAAAUGAUGCCAUGAACUACUUUAUUUUGAUUGGGAUGAAAAUCAAUGAACUACUACUUUUGAACUUUUUUUUUUAUGAACUACUACUUUUGAUUGGGAUGAAAAUCUGAACUUCAAGUGUUGUUGGGUGUAGAGAAAAGGAGCAAAAGGCAUCUGUUUAUGUAUUAGCUGCAUCACUUGGCACUGCAGUGGUUUAUUUUGUCUUUAAUUCUGUGAAAAUUAUUUUCCUUGGCAGUAUAUAGUGGUCCAUGAGUAUUAACCAUUGGCAAAAUACUGUAUGCCUAUUAUUUGCAUAUCCCUUGGAAACUUCAAUGUUUACGUAGUUGUUAAAAGUGGAAACUAAUAUGUUAAUAUAUAAUUUAUUUUGUCAUGAAUAUUCUCCUGCAAGUACAGUACUGUAUUAUAAUUAACUUGAAAUAUUUUGGGAAAUACUCGCAUAUGGUCUCCAGGGUCCUUGCAUUAUGAUCGCUCCACUCAAUAAUGGGCACCAGGAUUGGUGCCCAUGAUUGUGUGGAGCGGGUAACCCAGUUAACACCUUGUUUUUGUUUGGUGUGUACAAUAUAUUCAGUGAUAGCAAAUACACUCUUCUCCCAAACUUUAACGGGAAAUGCAUUGAGAUCUCUUAAUAUAAUUUUUGCUACCAAUGUUAUGUAUUGAAACCUCUUAACAUAUUUGUGAUCAUUCAUUGAAAGUACUUGGGUCUGUGGGACAAUGGUACUAAAUGAAACUGCAAAAAAACUCCAAAAUUAAAAUCAAGCAUUGAACUUUGUUUUAUCAAUGCUCAAUGGCUUUCCUGUAGCCCCACACUCCUAGUAUCACACCCAUCUUUAAUAAUCUUUAUAACUGCACUUAGGGGAAUAUUAACCCUUAGACUGUGCAAUACAUAUGUUAAAUUAUUUUAUGUCAAAUCAUUUAAGUUUUUAAAACAUGCACAAACACCUUCCUUUUUUUUUUUUUUGCAUAAUCAACUAGGCAAAUGCUCCCACUUUAUCUAAAUGAUCACAGUGUAACUUGAAAAACAAGAGAAUCAAAACUAAUUUUAAAAAUUGAAUAUUGAAAACUUCAGAUUUUCAAUUCAGAAUAAAAAAUAUGAACUAUCACAAUUGUUCAUUUAAUGUUAUUAUUCUCUCAGAAUAGCAUAUGAUCUUCAUUUUCAUCAAAUUAGAAUAUAGGUUUCAGUACAGUUUACUGUAAAAAAAAUCACCAAUAGGGCAUUUGAAAUACAGUAUGCAGAAAAUUUAGACCCCAAAAAAUUAUAACUCCAAAUGUAUAAAGUUUAUGAAAAAAACAUUCUGAUGGGAUUGUAGAACAGAGAGCUGAGCACACAAUAUGUCAAAAUAGUGAGAAUCUGUCAAAAAUUGGGAUUUUAGACGCCACUCAAAGUUGAAACUCUAGUUUCAGAGAUAAUUGAAGUUGAAGUUAUCAACAAUGAAUAAAGGUACUUUUAAUUUGUUAAUUUAAUUAUAUGUUAUAAUAAACAUUGUUCGGCAUUCAUACUCGAAUAUGUGAAAGUUGGAGGUCAAUAUGUGUUGAAAUGAAGUCAAGAAAAAGUAACCCCCCAAAAAAACACAAAAAUAUUUAUAAUUAUCCCUAUAUUAAGGAAUAUAUUUGGGGUAUAUUUUAUAUAAGUGAAAAAGCCCUAAUAUGGUCCCUAAUCAUCAAAACAACAUAGAGAGACAAAGAAAAUAGAAUUUGAAAUCAGAGAAAAAAUCGGCCCCCCAAAAAUUAAGUCCCAAGUUUUGCGAGUUGUGCCCGAUUUUUUUGUUGACCAAUUUCAUUCAAUCUUCACAUAUGUAGGAAAACAUAUGCAUUCUCCCAUAUGCAUUCUCAGGAUGUAAAGGUUACAGCAAAAUCAGAUAAUAAACAAAAGGAGAAAAAACUAAAAUCUUAAAAAAAAAAAUAUCCCCUAAAAAAUAUUUUUGUGACAUUGAUGAAAGUAACAUACAGUAUAUUAACAUGGGAUUAUGUAUUUAUAUGAUAUAUAACACAAUAGAACACAUUAACAUAGUUAUUCAUUAUUAUUUCUGUUAUUAUGUAUUACUCAGCAAUGAUAUAAAGGCACCAACUGCAUAUCCAAUUUGUGGACACUUCUUACUACUAUUCUUCUUUGAGCGUCGGACAGGUGCUUGCAUCUCUAUUACUGUAUAAUCCUUCAGAUCCAGUUAUUAGGAGCUGUUCUCCUUAUCAACAAAAUGCUUAUAUUUGUAAAAAAUUUGUCUAAAAUCCAUUUCUGAAAAUAUUUUGAUGAAAGUUUCACGACACUGAAGUCAAUAAGUUGGAGACAUGUUGAGCAUUUUUAAGUUAUUUUUUACAUAAUUUGAAUAUUUUUCGGUACCAGGCCCCCAAUAUGCACGGUCUAAGGGUUAAGGGAGAUAACAUUUAUACUGUCAUUUUCCACACUUUGUGAAUAGCUGGAAUAUAAAUUUAUGGCCAGCUUUAAUCUUGAUUACAAGAGUUUCACUCAGUCAUACAGGACAUUAGAUCAUUAUUUAUUCAAAUAUGGCCCAAUCUAGUUUAUAGAAAUGUCAAAGAAAAAAAUUUAGACAUGGGGAAAGCUAAUGAGACUGUUUUGAAAACAAAAUUGUUUUUGGUAAUGCAUUUGAAAACGGCGAGUUUCUUUAUAUGGAGUAUGGGUCAUUCUGGGAGUGAAUAUGCAGACCAUCCUCACAAGCUGCCACAACAGACAGAAAAUGGGGUAGUAAAAUGCCCAAACCUAACCUAACCAAGCUACCCAUGCAUAGAAAAUAUGAAUGUAUUAUAAUAUAAUACAAAUGUAUAAUACGAUGUAUUAUUUGAGAGGACAAGUUGUAAUAUGUUACAACUUGUAACAUAUUACAACACACAAUAUUGCAUUAAAUAUUUAUUUAAUAGGCUUGAUUUAGGCUUGAACAAAAUUUCAUAGAAAAAGAGUUUUGGGCAUGAAGUUAAUGGGCCUGGUUUGAAAAAGAUCAUAUAACUGGUUAUUUUGUAAAAAUUGUAUAAUCUUGUAUGUAACAAAAUUCCUAUUUUUUGUAUCAGUUAAGUUUUCCCAUAAAAUCCUUGACAAAAUCAAUAUGGAAAAUUUCUACAUUAGGUUAAUGGUUUGUGGUAAUCUGAAAAUUGAGGACAAACCUUCAAAAUUUAUUUUAAUAAAUAAUUGCCUAAAUUGUAUUAGUACUGUAUACAGUUUGUAUAGUUAGGUUCAAUAUUAACCCCUGCACUGCACCCGUUUCAUGUGACAGCUUCAUGGUGCAGUUGUUAAUGAAUUACUGUUAUUAACAUUACUGAAAACUUAAAAGUGAGAACAAUAUCAAAAUAUUGCCAAAUUAACAAUUUUAAUUUCUAAUUGCAAAAAGAGUGAAAAAACAUUAAAAUAUUGCUAAAUUCAAACUUUUUUUGCUCCACCCAUCAACCACCUUAAGGUGCUAUGUGCAGUUAGUGGUUAAAUAUUUUGCAAGUUUGCAAGGCAAUGAUGACUUCUCACCAAGUAUAAAUAAAUAACAAUAAAUAACAUGUUAUUUAAUAUUAAUAUACAUAUAUAUAUAUAUAACAUACUGUACUGUGUUUAUUUUUGGUAACCAAAUCUUCCAUUGAUGGCUUAUGCCAAUUGGUGUUAUUGCCCUUUUAUUGUGAAAUCAGUAAAAUAAAGACAAAAAAUAGGUGAUAUAAUUAUGAUGAUAAAAGUGAUUUACAGUAAUAAUUUAUUUUAAGAGUUUGGUAAUAUAGUACAGUAUGUCUAAACAAACCAAACAAAAAUUAGCUGCUGCACUUGUUAAUGCAUUUUCAUGACGGUACCCAUAUAGAAAAUAUUGUGUAUAUCAACUAAUUUAGUAUCUAUAUUAAGUCUUGCCCAGUUUCUAGGCUGUAAUAUCAGACCAGACAAGAAUUUUAAUCUAAAUCUUUUUAACACAAAGAGGCAGGUAUGUUGGCUGGAGCCUCAGAUGACCUGGGCUUCCACCAUGUGGUGGUCAGGCACAUCACAAUUUGGACGUUUUCCCCCGUGCAAUGAUCAUUUGCCUUGUUGGCCAAUUGUUGUCAUGCAUUUGCUUAUUUUGGUGUGCUUAUUCUCUCUGGUGGAUUUUUUCUCAGUUUUAGAUUGAACUCCAAUUUUAAGCUUCCCUUGCCUUGUAGAAGAGCCAAAUUCUUGGUUCCUGGUAGACAAGGAUUAGUCUCAAUGCUUCAUUUCUUGGUGAUCUGUAUGUAGUACCCUGAGAUCUGCAUUUCAGAUUUUUACUUUAAGAUAUUAUGCACCCCAUUCCCAUCCUGUGAGGUGGUAAUGGAAAAGGGUUACAGAGGCACACAAUGGGCUAAAGGAACUAAACCCAAAAAUUUGUUUAGCUAACCAAAUUACAGCACCGACAAGCUAUUUAAGAGUCUGUUAACAGGUACAUCAACAGUCUAUUAUCAAUUACUGUAGUUAUUAUGAAUUACCUCCUACCCAUUCCUAUCCUGUGAGUGAAUGGCAGAAAUGCUUAGGUGUUGUUGGGUUCAGGUACUCAACCCCUAUGACCAAUGAACUAAGCAAUUUCCAUUUUCCAUUUAACUACAUGCAGUUAUAAAUGGUUAAUGAAGCUCUAUAGCUGAGCUGAAGUGCCUUGUUUAACCUAAAUUGAUCAACAUAUUUCAAAAGACUAGUGAUGCACUACUGUAUGUGGAAAGUUACUUCUUAUCUGUAACACACACUUCACUUGAAAAGCUCUUUUUGUGAUUUGUUUAGAAAUGAGAGAAAGAUGCAGUAUUCCCUAAUAACUCAGCUACUGUGACUUAUGAAGAAGCUAACACUAUCAUAUGAGUUUCAUUUGAUCUCUUAAAAAUCAAUCGUGCUAUCAUAGUGGAAACACAGCAUUAGUAAGUGAAUCUGAAUAUGAAAAGUCAGUGCUGGUAAUUACACAAACAUGUAGUUAAUUAAAUGUAAAUGAGGUCAAUAACAUAUUUAGGCACAUUCUAUUAAUCCAGUUGUUUCUGGCCAUGUUAGGCAGUAUGUUUAUCAAACCACCAUUUUCUGUGCGUUGCUUUACCAGGUUCUCGGAUAUUAUGUCAUUUACUUUGUCUCACUUGUAUUACUCUUAAGUAAUGUCCUAAUUACUCUUGGCUUUUUCAAGGUAAAUUAUUUGCAUAUACCUGUAUAUUGCCAUCCUGUUGCUUGAUUUUUUUAAUUGAACAGCAAUUAAUCUACUAAUGAGCAUUUUUCCUGGGCUGGGAUUAGUGAGCAACAUCCGUCAAAUUUUGGUAUUGUUAAUACGUUAUGUUUUACAGUACAGUAUUUGAAAAUUUAAAUCUGCAAACAGUUUUCAUUAAUUUUUUUAACCCUAGAAAAGUCUGAAUUGGGAAGUGUUUACAUAUUUUUGGAUUUUCCAGGCCUCCAGUGACAUAAUUGACUUAUUCAAAGAGUAAUUUACAUUACUUACCUAAAAUAUGUCAUCAAUUGAUACAGUACAAUGUAAUUGUAAAGUCAAAAGUUUAACCAUUUCUUAUUAUAGAACGGUGAUGCAUUUGUUUUCAGUGUGAAUGAACUGUUAGUGUAUUAAGAAUUUGUAAUGGGCUUCAUGUCCACUCUUUACUGCAAUUAUUAAUUUGUACACUAUUACAAAUGUAGGUUAAGAUAUGUUGGCCCUUGCCUUCAAUGGAAGAACUUGUGUUAUGAGCAUUCAAUAAACAGUUGGGUUUUUUAAAUAAUUAAUUAAUAAAUUUUUACCAUUGUUCAUGCAUCAAUAAGAAUGCAACUCUACAGCAGUUAACUAAUUCCUGGGUACCUAUUUCCUGAUAGGUGAAUAGAGGCAUUAGGUGAAAGGAUACAUGGUAACCUGUCUCACCUGGGAUUCAAACCCAGAAUUCCUGAUUGUGAGUCAAGAACAAAGCCAACUGUACUACCUUUACGGUAUGUUUUAGUGGCAUUUGCUUGGUUGCCAGAUGUUGUCAAAAUCAAUUACAGUACAUCUGUCAUUGUUUUAACUUCUGUCACUUAUAGUUCCCCUCAAUUUUUUUUACUUUAUCUUCAGUAUAUUGGCCACUUACGUAUACUUUAUUAAGCUUCAUUUGCUCUUACAUCUUAGUGCAAACAAAGGAAAAAAAAUUAUGUAGAAUUCAAAUCUUAGUGUUUGUUAUUCAACAUUUGUAAUCAUGUAGGGGGGUAAUAUAGGGAUAGGUAAAAACGUUAUCGAUCUGAAUAUAGACGACAAAACACUGUCCGCCAAUGCAGUCUACUGAAACUGUCAGCACUUGGUGCUUUGUUCACCCAAUGUUGAGGAUAAUUUACUGUAAGCCUAUAUUAAUUGUGUGUGUAUUCAGAGUGUUUUACCAAGAAUAUUUUUGGUAUUGUCAGUUAAUUAGCAAUGUUUGUUCUAUUUUUAGUACCUUAAAAUGUGAAUUAUUACUAUUCUGUAUAUAUGGACUUAUAAUCUAUAUUAUUGUAUUUUUAAAAAAAGAUAUAUAUGUUUUAUUUAUAUAGUAUUUUAAAAGUCCAUACAGCAUCAAAGUUAUAUCUGUUCAUUAGUUCUGUUUUUUCUUUUAUAAAUUUAUUGACAAGUCCUAAGAGUCCUAAUAGUAAAUGUAGUAAUUUGUUUCAAGAAAUAAAAUGACUUCUGCUUAUUGACUGUAUGUACCUGGAUCUUUCCAACAGAUGUACUACUUUGGUGAAGUUGGACAUUUAUUCUCUUCGCGAUGCUUAAGGGACAUGUAUUUACACUUCAUAUUAUGAUGGCUUAAAGUAUGGACUCAGAUUUAUAGAUAUAAUAUAUAAAAGACCACAGAUUUA